AUGUCUAGUGCUGACUUGACAAUGGCCCAGCCGCUGCCUGAGAACAGUAGCGAUGCUCCAGUACAGGCAGACGUCAAGCGCGCAGCUAAUGUUGACUCCGAGCAGCCUCCUUCCAAGAAAGUACGGGUGGAGUCCAACGAACAAGACCGCUUCGAAGAUCUCCGUUCAAGAGGCAUUGCACCUAUCAAGGCCGAGUAUGGAAUCUUCAACUUUCUACAACUGAGAUCGAGACAAUGUACUAACAUCCAAACCGAGGAUAAAGCCGAAGAUGCGGAAACGGGAGAUGCCGAAAAUGAAGAUUCCAAGAAGGAAGCCAAGAAGGAUAGACGGAAGAAGAAUAAGAAGAAGGGCCAGAACACCAACCGGAGCUUCGGCUCGUCCAAAGAUGCUAAGGGUCUUUGCGCGUCGCGAACUUUCGCCCCCGAGUUCUCCCCCGAGGAGUGUCCAUUUGGUGAUAAAUGUCGAUGGGAGCAUGACCUACGUACCUAUUUGAAGGAGCAUAAGCGUGAGGAUCUCACAACUAUGUCUAUCUGUCCCGUUUGGGAUGUCCGAGGAAAAUGUUUCUCUGGAUGGAAGUGUCGCCUAGUUGGUACGCACUCUACAGAGAGAGAAACAGAAGAUGGAAAGACAGAGCUUGUGCUGUUGGAAGAUGAAGAACGCAUUGCUAAGGCCAAGCCACUUGUGCCAUAUGCAUUGCCAGAUGGACAGGUUAACAUCAUCGCUAAUGAUGACAAAAAUGCACUUACGCGGAACAAGAUAGACUUCACACCCCGUGCCAAUGCCUACAAUAAUUGGUUAAACGAGUCAUCCCAACAGCUGGAGAAAUUGCUGCAUGGAAGACAAAAAAAGGAAGGGGAGAAUGCUGAAGCGAAGGAAAGAGCCGACCAGACCGAAGAAGAAAACAAGGAGGCCAAGGAAGCCGAGAAGAAGAAUGAGAUUGAAGAUAUUAGAGCACAGUUUACUCAACCUCCUUUCCUGGCUUCUGAAAAGAGACGCAUCUACUUCGGACCCGAGACUCCGGUCCUAGCACCCUUGACAACACAAGGAAACAUGCCCUUCCGAAGACUCUGUACCGAUCUUGGCGCCCAGUUGACCUAUUCAGAGAUGGCAAUGAGUAUGCCUCUGAUCCAGGGUGGGAAGUCUGAGUGGACUCUGUUGAAAGCCCAUGAGUCAGAAAUGCUUCCACCUACCAUCACUCACAGUGAAAAUGUGGUUCAGGGUUACGACAACUCCAAGGACUUGAAAUUUGGUGCUCAGAUCGCCGCCAACAAGCCAAUCCAGGCACUCAAGGCUACAGAGAUUCUAUCGAAGUUUACCCCGAAUUUACGUGUCAUAGAUUUGAACUGUGGCUGCCCUAUUGACCUUGUUUACCGUGAUGGAGCAGGAUCUGGUCUUCUCGACCAUCACUCCAAGCUAGAGAAGAUGAUUCGCGGUAUGAACGCCGUCUCCCAGGAAAUUCCCAUUACCGUCAAGAUCCGCCUGGGAACCAGAGAUAAUCAGCCCACUGCGUAUAAGCUCGUUGAACGCCUUAUCCUUGGUGGUUACGAGUCUAGUUACCUCAACUGUGGCCCACCUGGUGCUGCAGCAAUCACUCUUCACGGCCGGAGUAGACAGCAGCGUUACACCAAGUCUGCAGACUGGGGAUAUAUUGCAGAGACCGCAGCUCUCAUCAAACGUCUGAACAAGCAGACAGACCUGGUCACCGACACCGUUCGGGAACCCGAUGCCCGGUACCAGCCGAACGGAGGAAAGACCUACUUCCUCGGCAACGGUGACUGUUACUCUCAUUUCAACUACGAUGAUCAUAUUAACAAUGCUGGCGUGGAUUCCGUCAUGGUGGCACGCGGCGCACUCAUCAAGCCGUGGAUCUUCGAGGAGAUCCAGACGGGCCAAUACCUUGACAAAUCUGCAUCGGAGCGCCUUGCUUAUGUCGAGAAGUUUGCUAAGUAUGGUCUCGAGGCCUGGGGAUCAGAUGAGCAUGGAGUUGGCACCACACGUCGAUUCUUAAUGGAGUGGCUAAGCUUUGCCUACCGCUAUGUUCCAAUCGGAUUGCUCGAGUAUUUGCCCCCGAAUAUCCAGGAUAGACCUCCUGCCUGGCAGGGUCGUAAUGAGCUGGAGACUCUGAUGGGCAGUGGAAACUACAAGGACUGGAUCAAGAUCACUGAAAUGUUCCUGGGACCGUCGCACCCCGAUUUCAAGUUCCAACCCAAGCACAAGUCGAACGCUUACGACGAUGAGGCUGAGGGUUAA